GCUUAAUCAUUCAUUCUCUCAACAACAAUAAUAAUCACGACGACGAACCGAUACUCGGAGACGAAACGAUAAGGGAAGAAAAAGAAAGGAAGAGAAAUUGAUUAGGGGAAAGAGGAUACAAAUAGGCAGACAAGAUGCCUCAGGAUAUGCCCCCCGUUGGGGGUUACGGCCCUGUGCAGUAUAAGCGCAACCUCCCCGGCCCAGGCUUCCGCCCCGCAACACUACUCCUCGGCAUGGGCGCCAUCAUGGUCUUCGGUUUCUACAAACUAACCAAGGGUGUCCGAGAACAAAAUGAACUCGCCCGCGAAAAGAUGUGGUCGCGUAUCCACCUAAUCCCCCUCCUCCAAGCCGAAGAAGACCGCGAUCUAGUGCGUAGACAUUUGGCGGAUCAGGCGCGUGAGAAGGAGCUUUUGGGUGAGAACGUUAAGGUUUAUAAUUCGGAUCGAUACGUGAGACCGACAUUCGCCGUUACGCCGACCAACGUUACGAAAUAAGCAAAAUAAGGAAAGAAAAUAGUGAUGGUGGCGUAUGCUUCAUGAAAUAGACCCGAAAAUGCACUCUGGCUAUGAGUGGAAGAGCUCCCCGAAGUCAGAGUCGCUGGGGAAUUUGUACAUAUACCAACAGAGAAGAGAAGCAAAUAAAUUCAACCAAUGCUCUGGUCUUGAUCUUGCGUUAU